CAUUAAUCGUUGCUCUACUCCACUCCGUGUUUAGCACGAAGUAGGGGUAGCCUACAAUCAGAGCAGUUACCCAAUUUAAGGAAGUUGUCCCACCCUCUCCUACUCUAGCUGGCCAAGGAAACAGAGAACCGUUCAGCGAAAAAUGUCGUUAGCGAGCUUUAACGAGAGUAUCUUCAGUGACUACCUCGCGGGUCAGAAGGCCCUUCUACCUAACCUGCCUGAUAUCCAGAAGGUAACUCCGAGAGUCACUCGUGUACUAGGAGCCAAUCCAGGACAAUUCCAACUACAAGGAACAAACACAUAUAUCGUCGGCAGCGGCAGAGAAAGGAUUCUCGUUGACACCGCACAAGGAGAACCCGAAUGGAUCAAAUUCAUCUCUUCCGCUCUAGAGGCAGGCGGGUAUAGAAUCUCGCAUGUCCUCCUUACGCAUUGGCACUGGGACCACACAGGCGGUGUCCCCGACCUCAUCACACUCUACCCAGAGCUCUCCUCAGCUAUCUACAAGAACCACCCCGACAAUGGCCAAUUGCCGAUUGAGGACGGACAGGUCUUCAAAGUAGAAGGUGCCACGGUAAGAGCAGUGCACACGCCAGGCCAUGCCUAUGAUCACAUGUGUUUCGUUCUUGAAGAGGAGAAUGCCCUCUUCACGGGUGACAAUGUGCUGGGUCAUGGCUACACAGUGGUCGAGGAUCUGGGUCUAUUUACAACAUCUUUGGACGUGAUGGAAAACCAGAAGUGUAAAAUUGGGUAUCCUGCCCACGGUGAUGUGAUCGCGGAUCUUCCGACAACGAUCGCGCAGUAUAAAGGGCAACAAGUACGACGGGAGAGGCAGAUAAUUAUGGCGCUGAAACGGAGUAGAGAACAGCAAAAGCAAGAGGGUAGUAGACACAAAGGCAGUGCAACUGUUAGGGAAAUUGUUAUGGCAGUCUAUGGCGAUGUGACGGAGGAAGUGAGCAAGCUUGCCCUUGAGCCGUACACAAAUGAGGUGUUGAUGAAGCUGGCUCAGGAUCAGAAGGUUGGAUUCCAGUUCCAGAGAGGAUCGAAGAGGUGGUUCCUCAGUGCUCUAGCUUGA